CUGUGUAGAAGCGCCUGCUCAAUCUUAUUAAGUCAUGUUUCGAAAUGUGUUUUUAGGCUGUCAUGUAUAGUCUGGUUAAUAUUGCAGGCUACGUAUUUAAGCUGUUCGAACUUUAUUGACGGUCCCUACAGUUCAGUGUUUCUUCUUCCGGCUGCUCAGGUUUUGCGAGUUUAUUCAAAGAUAGUAACAUUGUUGCAGCCUAUUCUUAUUUGAAGUGAAGAGACAUUCUGGGUCAGCCUCUCUAUGUUUAACGGUAAUAAAUCACCACAACAACCUACAGUUUGCCAGUUUUUGGAAGACAGGCUAUACAUGGAUUUCUAUGCAACGUCACGAAAACAUGCGUGCGCAACCAAGAGGCAGAACAGCAUAGAGCAAUGCAAAAGAGCAAAUGAAUAAAAUUAGUUUUUGUGCUGAAAACUGCACCAAUUCGAAAUCACGAUGGUUAGAGAAUGUUAAAUAUGUUCAAUAUCCCUAACGGAAGGCAUGUCUUCGCCAAAAAUGACAAAAUGCGUUAAAAUAUGUUAUAUUAAUAUUGCAAAUUCAUGUCAAACUUUGAAAUAUAGUCUGAAAUGAGAUGUUAUUAUCAUUGAGACAACAGGGGUAUACAAAAAAAUCAGAUUGUAGCUUACAGCAGCUGACUAUUUAGGUUAAGUUUAUAACGUUGUGGACGGCCACCAAGCGUCUUCUGCCUCACGGCAGCGCGCGCAUCUAGUUUUGUUGGUAAACGGGAAACCCGUGUAUAUGUCUCGUGCAAAUUGCCUUUAGCCUACAUGAUGUAAUAAGGCAAACCACUUUUUUAACGUUAUCGAGAAAACAACGCCAUCUAGGGGAAGAUGAACUGCAGAACGUCUUGCAGAGAAGUUGCAGUUGUAACGUGUAAGCAGUUCUGUCCAAAAUGUCAGUUUACUUUAAUGCCUAAUAUCAGUUAUAUAUUAUCACAGCUGAACACAGUAAUGUAUUUAUGGUGUUAAAUCUGGCCUUUAUUUGUGUUUCAACAUGUGAAAGGGUGUCUUAAGUUUAGGUGCCUCUCUUUUCACACACUAAGGUGCUUAACACUCUACUUAAGUGAUUAUCUUGUCCAGUGCUUCCACACACCACUGGGUCCUCCUAUUUGUUUUGGUGUUCCCGCAUGUGGUAAAUAAACAUACCCAUAUACAUCCAAAAACAGGUAUAUCAAUCAUGGUUGUCAUUUUAGUCUUUUUGCAUAAUUUUGUAAGCUCUUUUUAAAAAGCAAAUAAAUAAAUAAAAAAAAAGCAUCUUUAUUGUCUAACUUAUUUGUCUGUAUGUUGUACUAUUGCCAGAAGGGCAGUGGAAUUAUGAGCUGAGAAAUAUCCAAUGUGCAUCUCACAUGAUAUAGGCUAGUUAGCCUACACAGUCAUGGAUAUAAAGCAUUUGAGAUAAGAGAUUAGAAGUCAUUUCACCGCUGGUUUUCUCUCUCUCUCUCUCUGUCUUUCUCUUUCCCCCCCUCUCUCAUCCUCCUCCUACCCCUAUCGCUUAAACAGAUUACCGCAGAUUCACUGUUGCUGUUCGAGGCCUGCACUGCUGACUGCUUCAGAGCGCAUCUGAAUUGGCUUAGAGCAACAGACCUACCAGAUGGUUCUAGAGAGCCUAGGGGUGUCUAAUUACCCAGUGCUUAAUCAGCCUUCCCCCUGACCAGAAGCUGACAGGUAAACACAGCGUCAGGACUUCUAGUCGGUCCCAGGUGCCUCUGGGGAGCCCUGCACUUUCUGGAACUUUCUGCCAAGAGGGAAAUACCCCUGGAACACACUGGAGCAGCUAGUCUGUCAGUAUGGAUAAGAAGGAGGAGGAGGAUGAUAGCAUCUUCACGACCUGGAGGCAGGGUUUUGAUCAAGAGGUGGUGACCGAAGAGCUGGACGCGGAGAGAAAGUCCAGCUUGAAUGUCCCCAGACCUCGUCGAUCCAUUGCCAACCGUCGAGCUUCACUGCCCUGUCCGGCCACAUUAAACGCCAUGCAGCUGCAACACCUGCACAACGCCACUAUGGCCCCCAAUCCUGCCAGCCACAGCACCAGGAAGGAGGGCGAGUUGCGGCAGCACUACCGGGCAUGCCACGCGGGCAUCAACGGCGGUGACGUGUGCCCCAAGGCCAACAGCACCCCUGAGAGAGAGAGGCGGGCGCCUGCCAUUCCCACAAUCCCCGAGGUCACGGAGACACCAGAGAAGAAGACCCGGUUCAGGGGCAGAAACGUCAUGUCUCUGAGCGAUGCGGACAGCAUUUGCCUAAUCUGUCAUCAUGAUCUCCACAAAGGUGGGGGAGGGGUGAGGGAACUACACUGCACACACAGUUUUCACUCGGAGUGUAUAGAGGAGUGGCUGUGGAGAAAGCAGGCCUGCCCCACCUGUCGCGUGCACGUGGCCAUGCCCGAGCCUCUAUACUGGACGUCCACUCGUGUCAAAGUGCCCUAACUACGACCCCCCCCAUACAGACACACACAAACACACCCAGACCCCCCCCACACACACACACACAAACACACACUUCACCAGCAACUUCACCAGCACAUCCUGGAUCAAAGGAAACCUAAACUGCAGAAGAGACUCAUUCCUGACAACUGUUCAGCAGAAAGGACAAUAAACAGAUUUUUUUUUUUUUUGGUAAUUGUAAUUUCCACCAUAAUUUUGGCUAUAGGUUUUGUUUGUAGACGUAUUUGUUGUUGUUUGUUGGAAGUAUUUUUUAUUUUGGACAGUCACUGAAGGAAAAAAAUGCUCCUGUGUACAUACAUGUAAAUAUGAUUGUAUGUUGGUUGCCUGAUAUAUGUCUUUUAAAAAGUAGUGUUGACAGAGGGAAGACAUCAGGUAUAAUUUAGUGUGUAGGUUAGAGGUCACAUAUUGCAUUAUUCCCUUUAAUAUCAAUUGGAAUGUUUAUGCCACUGAAAUGUGUUUGUAUAGGGGAGUGUUGUGGGCUAUAUGUGGUUGUUUUAAGGAGUCACAUCACUAACAUAAUUAUGUUGAUGUUUCGCAAUUUCUCAGUGGCUAGGCCUAUCAGUUUAAUUCAGUUGUCUGAUAGGCUGUGUUUGAUUAGUCAAGUCAAGUCAAGUCAGAUUUAUUUGUAUAGCGCAUUUAACAUGCACAGAGUGCAACCCAAAGCGCUCCACAUAUAAGACAUUGUCAUUGACACAGACUAACAAAGACAAUAGA